ACCCGGAAGAGGCAGUAAGCGCUCUUUGGUUCAGAUUUUCUUCCUCCGCGCCGCUUCACUCCCAUUCACAUGAGACUGGGCCAGCCAACCACAAGUGAAACGUCUAGCACACCAUGGCAGAGCAGGACCUCACACCGGAGCAGCUGAAGGCGAUCGCAGAGGCCAACGAAGAGAAAGAAUCCGACAUUAAUUACAAACCUCCUGCCCAGAAGAGCUUACAGGAGAUCCAGGAGCUGGACAAGGAUGACGAGAGCCUGAGGAAGUACAAGGAGGCGCUGCUGGGCAAGGUGGCCGUGGUGGAAGAUCCAACGAAGCCGAACGUCCAGGUGACACGGAUGACCCUGUUGUGUGAAACGGCACCUGCUCCUCUGAUCCUUGACCUGCAGGGAGACCUGGAGAACUUCAGGAAGAACCCAUUUACACUGAAGGAGGGAGUUGAGUACAGAAUAAAGAUCAACUUCAAGGUGAACAAGGAGAUCGUAUCAGGCCUCAAAUACAACCAGCAAACAUUCAGGAAAGGAGUUAAAGUUGAUAAGUCUGACUACAUGGUGGGAAGCUACGGCCCGAGACCAGACGAGGAGUACGAGUUCCUCACCACCAUGGAGGAAGCGCCCAAAGGGAUGCUAGCCCGCGGCACUUACAACAUCAAGUCCAAGUUCACAGACGACGACAAGUAUGAUCAUCUCUCCUGGGAGUGGAGCCUCGCCAUCAAGAAGGAAUGGAAGGACUGAUUUCAUUGUUUUUUUUUUUUUCAUAUUUGUUUUUUUUUUCCCUGCUCCGACUCGCUAAUUCUCCCCUCUCAUGUUUCCCAGCCUCUUGUCUCGCUGCCAUUCUGUGAUUUUUUUUUUCUUUCCUCUCUCCGUCCAUCAUUCCACCCCUACCUUCUACUCCCCCCUCUUUUUUUCCUAGCUUCAAUCAUAUCAUCAUUCCCCAUAAUUGUAACAAUUUAAUUUGUUUACACCCACCUUUUCUGAUAAAGUAUUAAAUCCUAAAAAUAAAAAAAAAAUACAGAGAAAGCAAACUGUGCACAAUUUAAGAUUUCCAGAAAAGUUUGUUUAUAAAAGUAUAUACAGAAAAAAGAAAAAGAUCAGUAUGUGAUUUCCUCUGCCCUUUGCUGCUGAUUCUUUCUCUUUUCUAAUAUUUGUCAUUGUUUUAUGUAAUCGUCACGGUCUGCCUUGGACAGCAUUGUGCAGAAAGCAAUGGUGCUGCCUGCUAGCAGUCCCUAAGCUAUCACUGCUGGAUGUAAUUCUUGGACAAAGCCCAGCUAAAGCCUCUGAGCAGAUUACACGUUCUAGAGUCUAACCAUUUGGUCUUCCAAAUGGUUUGGAUCUUAAUCAAAUCUACUCAGAGACCAGGGGGAACAGUUACCUCUAACCCCCCCUCACAAACCCCCUUUGCCUUAGCUGCAGCUCGUCCUCUCCUGAUCAGGUAUUUUGGCGCGUUUCUUUUAUUUUAUUAUCUACGUGGCCUUAAGAGCAGUUAAGAGGUAGAAAAAUAGUUGAGCCAUUUGCCUUCAGAGUAAAUACUAUGAGCCUGUUUUAGCAUAUGACUAGUGAAACAUACAUGAAAUCAUAAGGGUUUGAUUUGUCUUUAUUUCAGGUUUAAUCGCUUGUAUGAACCAUUACCUGCACGACUUAGAUGACACCUUUGUUUAUUUUUGUGUAGUGGUCUAAAAAUCUAAAAACAAACUCUAAGGCCAAUUGCUUUGUCCUCUGGUCCUCAUUCACAGCUCCGUGCUGAAUCUAAUACAGGAUGUGUUCAAUCAUUUACUCUGUUAUUAUAGGAGAUUAUUACUGCUGACUGUGCCUCCAGACUUGCCGUCUCUCCAUCAGUAUCCAAACCUCAGCCCUUAAACGCACCUCGGUGGUAAACACAGCUGGCCAUACUAAGUGUUUUCCUGUGUUGUACACUCCAUAUGGAAAUGACUGUCAGUUUGGCUUCAUUUCAUUCGUGUGUCAUGGACUGAUGGUUCUUCUCAGUACGGUGGGUUCAGCUCACCGUGUGCUGUCUGUACUGCCUACAGUUUACGGAUCUUGUGUUCAAAUUAAAGUGUUCAGACUGGGAGAAUGA